AUGAAAACUACCAAACCUAAAAAAGCCAUCAGCGAUCUGGCUCGACGAGUUCGAGAACUCAAUCAUCGAAUCGCUGCUGUAAGGAGAGAACAGCAAUAUCAACGCGUACGAGAAUCAGAGUUUAGGGAUACAAGUGAAUCAACAAAUUCUAGAGUGGUGAAUUGGGCUCUCGCACAGUUGGUGAUUUUGAGAUUGACCUGCUUAUGGCAAGUUCGUCAUCUCAAGUCUUUCUUUAUUGACAAGAAGCUGGUGUAA